AUGCCUCGGAUAAAGAAGAAGGGUCAGGCCGGUGCCUCCAAGAACUACGUUACCCGAAAUCAGGCGAUUCGGAAACUACAGAUUAGCCUUCCCGACUUCCGAAAGCUAUGCAUUUGGAAGGGAAUCUACCCUCGCGAGCCCCGAAGCAGAAAGAAGGUUUCCAAGUCAUCUACCAGCUCGACCACCUUUUACUACACCAAGGACAUCCAGUACCUGCUCCAUGAGCCUCUGCUUCAGAAGUUCCGCGACCAGAAGGUUCUCGAGAAGAAGAUCUCUCGUGCGCUCGGUCGAGGAGAUGUCACUGAUGCCGCUCGUCUCGAGGGUAACGCUGCGCGCCCUGAGAAGACUGGAAAGCCUCGCUACACUCUUGAUCAUGUCAUCCGCGAGCGCUAUCCUACCUUCAUCGAUGCUAUCCGCGAUCUCGAUGACUGUCUGUCAAUGCUCUUCCUCUUCGCCAAUCUGCCUUCAACAAGCUCAGUUCCUGCUAAGAUGAUCGCCCGUUGCGAGCGCCUCUGCCUCGAGUUCCAGCACUAUCUUAUUGUGUCCAAGAGCGUCACCAAGUCUUUCCUCUCCAUCAAGGGCAUCUACUACCAGGCAAACAUUCAGGGCGAGGAGGUUCUUUGGCUCGUGCCUUACAAGUUCAACCAGCGCGUUGUUGGCGAUGUCGACUUCCGCAUCAUGGGCACUUUCAUUGAGUUCUAUAUGACCCUGCUCGGCUUCGUCAACUUCCGACUUUACACCUCUCUCGGCCUCAAGUACCCUCCCAAGUUCGACCAGGCCAAGGACGAGGCUGGUGCUGAGCUCGGCGCUUUCACCCUCGAGGGCAAGACUCUGGUUGGCGCUGACGAGAAGGAGCAGAAGACACUGGAGGCUUCUGAGCACAAGCCCGACCCCAAGGUUCAAGCUGCCGUCAACAAGGUCAUCAAGAAGAUCAAGGGCAAUGCCGAAGACGAGUCGACGAGUGCGACCGAGGUGGAGGGAGAGGAGCAGACUGGCGCAAUCGACAAGUUCGAGCCUGCAGCUCCUGGUGGUGAUAUCCUUCCCCAGCCUUCAAACACUGGAAACAACCCCAACAGCCUCUUCUCCAACAUCACCAUCUAUCUCUCUCGGGAAACCCCACGACAACCUCUCGAGUUCCUCCUCAAGUCUUUCGGUUGCAGGCGUGUUGGCUGGGACGCCGUUCUUGGCGAUGGCGCUUUCACCACCAACGAGCUUGACCCCAACAUCACUCACCAGAUCGUUGACCGACCUCCUAUCCAGGCUACUGACGAUGAGGAGGCUGACGGUGACGAUAACCAGACAUCACAGAAGCUUGCUGCCAACCGACGAGUCCCUGGACGAACAUACGUCCAGCCUCAAUGGGUUUGGGACAGUGUUAACGACGGCGAGCUGAAGGAGGCCCAUCUGUACGCUCCUGGUGCUGCCCUUCCUCCCCAUCUGAGCCCCUUCGUGAGGAACGUCCAGGGUGCAUACGACCCUACUGUUCCUCUGGAAGAGCAAGAGCCCGAGGCUGAGGCCAUCGAGGCCCAGAGCGAUGGCGAGGAUGAGGUUGACGACACUGCCGAGGGCAUGGAUGUUGCUGACUCUGAUGAGGGAGAGGGUGAGGAUGAUGAGUUCGGCGGUUUCUCUGCCGACGAGCAAGAAGAGGAUGAGGAGGAGGAAGAAGAGGACGCUGAGCAACGGCAAGACGAGCUCGAGGCUGAGCUUACUGGUGGUGCUGUCAAGUCCAAGAGCACAAACGCCAAGGCCAAGGCUAAGGAGGAUGCCCGCAAGGCUCUUUCCAAGAAGGCCAAGGAGGAGGCUGAGGAUCUCGAUCGUGCAAAGGGUAUGCUUAGCAAGAAGAAGAGAAAGCUGUAUGAGCAGAUGGUGUACACCAACAACAAGAAGAGCGCCGAGGAUCAGAAGCUGCGGGCAAAGAGGAGAAAGUUUGAAAAGGAAAAGAACAAGGGCAAGGCUAAGGCGUAA